GUCUGGAUCGGUACACUUCCUUUCUCUGGGUGUCAGACAGCCUGAGAAAAACUCAACUGUAGGUCAAACUCGAGAUAGUUUCUUUUAAAUGCGCUCCAGAGAGUUAGUCUUAAAGAGUUUUGGGCUGGUAGGUGUAAGAGCAUAGUGAAGAAACAGGACCGGGGAAGUACACUUAAGAAGUAAAGAAUCUAAUGAGCCGCGCUAAAAGUUAGACAUCAAGUUGGAUCUUAAUAGGAAUAGGGAAACUUGAAGAUUUUAAUGAUGACUGAGAAAGAGUUGGUGAUUGACGACGUCAUAACAGAUGCAAUGGCCACUCCAUCUCCAGCCAAGAGUAUGGGCGACCCAGGCAUCACGCCACUUUCCCCCACACACGUACUGAAGGACUCAGAAGAAAAUGAGCCUACGAGACACCCCUAUGUGGUGGUGGUGGCCAUUGACUUUGGCACCACCUCCAGUGGCUACGCAUACGCCUUCACUAAAGAGCCAGAGUGCAUUCACACUAUGAGGCGCUGGGAGGGUGGUGACCCAGGUGUGUCAAAUCAGAAGACGCCCACCACCAUUCUACUGAGUCCAGACAGGAAGUUCCACAGUUUUGGUUAUGCAGCCCGAGAUUUUUACCAUGACCUGGAUCCCACCGAGUCUAAGCAAUGGCUCUACUUGGAGAAGUUUAAAAUGAAACUACACACCACUGCAAAUCUGUCCAUUGAUACAGAUUUACAUGCUGCCAAUGGGAAAAAGGUGAAAGCUCUGGAUAUUUUUGCUUAUGCUCUGGCCUUUUUUAAGGAGCAGGCUCUUAAGGAACUGAGUGACCAAGCAGGGGCAGAUUUUGAUAAUGCUGACGUCAGAUGGGUCAUCACAGUACCGGCCAUCUGGAAAAUGCCAGCUAAGCAGUUUAUGAGAGAGGCAUCAUAUAAGGCUGGUUUGGUUUCUCGUGACAACCCUGAUCAGUUGAUCAUUGCUCUGGAACCAGAGGCUGCGUCCAUUUACUGCAGAAAGCUUCGUCUCCACCAAAUGGUUGAUUUGGGCAGCAAAACGGCCCUGAACGGUUACAGCCCAACUGAGAACGUUGGGGUGGGAAUGACCCAGGCCAAGGAGCAUGUGCGCCGUAACCGACAGAGCCGCACCUUUCUGGUGGAGAAUGUCAUAGGAGAGCUCUGGUCUGAACUCACUGAAGGGGACCGUUAUGUGGUGGUGGAUUGUGGAGGAGGGACGGUGGAUCUUACUGUGCAUCAGAUCCGGAUGCCGGAAGGGCACUUGAAGGAGCUUUACAAAGCCUCAGGAGGCCCGUACGGCUCUAUCGGUAUAGAUUAUGAAUUUGAGAAGCUCCUGUGUAAGAUAUUCGGACAGGAUUUCCUUGACCAGUUUAAGAUCAAGCGUCCAGCUGCCUGGGUGGAUCUGAUGAUUGCGUUUGAAUCUCGUAAGAGAGCGGCGGCUCCUGACAGAAGCAAUCCGUUGAAUAUUAACCUGCCCUUCUCUUUCAUCGACUACUACAAGAAAUUCAGAGGACACAGCGUAGAGCAUGCGCUGAGGAAGAGCAAUGUUGACUUUGUGAAGUGGUCUUCACAGGGCAUGCUGAGGAUGACCCCAGAUGCAAUGAAUGCACUGUUCAAACCAACUAUAGACCACAUUAUACAGCACCUGACUGAGUUAUUUGAAAAGCCAGAGGUGACAGACAUCAAGUUUCUUUUCCUGGUGGGAGGAUUUGCGGAGUCUCCGCUGCUGCAGCAGGCGGUUCAGAAUAUGCUUCAGGGCCGCAGCCGAAUUAUUAUUCCGCAUGACGUGGGCUUGACCAUCCUCAAAGGGGCAGUGUUAUUCGGCCUGGAUCCCAGCAUCAUAAAGGUGCGCCGUUCUCCGCUUACCUACGGCGUGGGCGUCCUGAACCGUUUCAUAGAGGGGAAGCACCCGCCAGAGAAGAUGCUUGUAAAGGAAGGUACGUGCUGGUGCACCGACGUCUUCGAUACGUUCAUCUCCACCGAUCAGUCAGUGGCGCUGGGAGAAACGGUAAAGCGUAGCUACACGCCGGCGAAGCCGUCACAACAGGUGAUCGUCAUUCACGUAUACUGCUCAGAAAAAGAGUCGGUCAGUUUCAUCACGGACCCAGGCGUGAGGAAGUGUGGUACGCUGAAGCUGGAUGUGAGCGGUACUGAGAGUCCAGCAGCACGAAGAGAGAUCCAGACGCUCAUGCAGUUCGGAGACACUGAGAUAAGAGCCAUGGCUGUCGAUGUGGCAACCUCUCGCAGUGUCAAAGCUAGCAUCGAUUUCCUUAGUCAAUAAAGGAAGAUGAGGGAUGAUUAAAUCACACACUGCACAAACUCAGCUUUUUAGUUAUGUUUUCCAGUAAAAAUAUCCAAACAUUCUUAAAAGAAGACAGAUUUGUUGCUUUUAAAAUUGCUUCAUACAUUAAAACUUGUUUCUAGAUUUUUUUCCUGAAAGAAAGUAAUACAUAUAAUUAGACAGAACACUUUCAAAUGAUUAAAAGUAGUCAUAAAGACAUUUAUUGUUACAAAAGAUUAAUAUUUCAAGCAAAUGCAAACAAACUUUCAUCAGAGAAUCCAAAAGAAAAAAAGAUAUAUAUAUAUUACAUAUAUCAUGCAUUCCACAAGAAUAUUAAGCUGCACAUCUGUUUUCAAAAUGGAUAAAAAUAAUAAAUGUACCUUAAGCACCAAAAUGGCACAUUCAAAAGAUUUCUGAAGAAUCAUGUGACAUGAUGAAAGACUGGUGUAGUGGCUGCUGAAUUCAGCUUAUUCACAGGAAUAAAUUACAUGAUGAAAUAUAAAAAUGAAAACGGAAAAUGGUUUUUUUAUUGUAUUAAUAUUUCACAUUAUUGCUAUUUUACUGUAUUUUUCACAUAAAUGCAGUCUUUGUGAGCAUACGAGAUGUCUUUCGAAAACAUACAAAUCUACCAACCCUAAACUUUUCAACAGUACUGUACUGAAUUACAUUUAUUUGCAAAUGGUUUAUUUUCUUGUUAUAAACAUCAACAUCAAUUGAGAUAUUUUACCUGGAAAACAAAACAAAAUGCUGAUUAAAAUAGUUUUGCGGUGUAGAAGGAUAAAGAAAAGAAAGAGAAAACUAAAAAUAGACAAGGAACGAGAGAUGAAGGUUUGGAGUCUCAACUAAUAUUCCAUGUUUGACAUUUGCUUGAAUAGUUGUGCCAUUCAUGUUAUUUUAUUUGGUUGUUUCAUUUUCCAGGUCCACGCCUGGACUUAACUCCAGAUGAAACUUCUCCUAUUUGGCCAAAGUCGAGUUCAUUUUGUCUCAUCGACACUCAUCUAGGCUCAGUCUGUUAUUCUCUGUAUGCAUCUGUUAUAGUCUAUUUGUAGUCUUAGUGGCUAUUUUCUGCACAGAGAUGCAAACUCUGCAUGGAUAGAACCAAAAUACAGCUGCGUAUUGCUAGUAGUGCAGUUUGGAAUAGCAUCCUGUCAUAACUUAGCAACAAGACGAGUUCAAGUUAAGGCAGCUACGUUAGUCUUCUAUACACAUUCUGGCUGAAAUAUAAUAUCGUUCUCUUACAAAAACAUACUGCUUUGCUCUUAAACUCUGGUCUGUUACCUGCAAGUCCCAGUCUAGAACCAGUUCAUUCAUUGAGGUUGUGAUGAGGAGCUAAAGCAGAUGGUUUUGUCUUCUGGACUGGUGACCAUUUUGAAACUCCGGAUGUUCUUCAUCUCAAACAUUUAGGAUGGUACCGAAACCUACAGAAGCUACAUAUCACAAAGGUGCUGAUUCCCGUGACAAAAUUACCAUCAGUGCUACAGGACUACGUGGCAAAACACUUUUUUUGUGUGUGUUUGUGUUGUUUUUACAUCUCAUUAUGUUGACUUUUUGUCUGUUUCUUUUUUGUAUGUCAAAGAGUUCUAGACAGCAGAGAGAUUGAGGGCGCCGUUUUGUUUGUUGCGAAAUUCAGCAUAUCUUCAUAUUGUUGGUCAGUAUGUUGCUCUAAGCAGAAUGAGAACGCAUAAUCCUAGAAUGUGAAUCUUAAUUAUCAUUUGAAGUGGCAGUGACAGAGAAACCACUAGCUGUACCUGCAACAUGAUUCGAAACGAUAGCUAUUGCUAUAUGCUAGUUGCCUUUAAUCCUGCUCCUUAGAAAGAGAAGCCACUGAUUUUUUUUUUUUUCAGUUUUUUAUUUUUUAUUUAGGAGGAUAUGUGACAAAUGAAAAUGUUUAUUUCUGUAUAUACAGUAUUUAAAGAUAUUGUACAGAUUUUUAGCGUUGUUUUAGCAUUAGCGGCUUUAUGAGCAGUGUGUGUAUGCAGGCCUUAAGAGCACACAUUCUUUCUUCCACUCUCACCAGCCUUCAUAUAGAUACCCAAUUUAGAUAUUACCCUAAUCCAAACCCAAACAUAACCUCCAAAACUAAAAUAUAAUCCUAUUCCCAAAACCGUAACCUUACUUUAACCCCAAACUACACCCCUAUGCAGACCAAAAUAAUCCCAACUUUCCAGUUCCCAAAUGCAGUUGUGUGAAAUGCCUUUGUUUUGCUCCAUUUUUAGAAACUACAGCAAAGAUCCCAAGACUUGAAAACCUUUGACCUUAACUUUACUCGCAGUCAUCAUUUGAAAUUCUAAAUUUGUGGUAUAUUUUGGUUUGGGAAAUGAGGGGACUGCUGUGUAUGUGGUCUGUAGAUGAUACCACAAAUGACAGGCAAUAGUUGUGAGUUUGGUUUGGAAGAUAUUGAGACAAAUGCGAUACAAAAAAAAAAAAAAAAAAAAAUAAGCAAUAAAGGUAUUGCAAUGUGA